AGCGGGUAGAAUUCUGGCUCCCGCGACUGCAGGCGCGCAGCGAGCGCCUGGCGGGCUCCGGCUUCCUAGUCCUCCGCAUCCCCGGCCCUGGCUUUGGCGUCAGGAUCACUCCCGGCUCUGCUGCGGCCCACCGAACCCUAACGGGAGCCGGGCCGCCAACGACGCCCGCAGAGCUCCGGGUGCCCGGGCCGGGGGCCAUGCCGUGCCGCAGGGAGGAAGAAGAGAAAGCCGGCGAGGAAGCGGAGGGGGAGGAAAAAGAGGAGGAGGAUAGCUUUCUCCUGCUGGAGCAGCCAGCGAGGCUGGGCGGAUCGGCCGAGGUGGACCGGCUAGUGGCCCAGAUCGGCGAGGCGCUGCAGCUGGACCCGGCGCAGGACAGCCCGGCCUCCUUGUGCGCACCGCCGUGGCAGCCUCUGCAGCCACCGCUGCCCCUGGCUGAGGUGCCGGCGUACAGGGCCCGGCCCCCGGCGCUGCCGCUGCAUCUGCCGCCCUCAUCGGUCGAGGCCACGAACCUAGGAGCCCUGUAUAGCACCUUCGGGGACUGCGGCAGCGUGCGGGACUGGGCUGAGCCCUACUUAGUGGCCGAGUUUGCCCCCGGCCCCACGGCGCUGUCACUACUACCCCCUCAGCCCGGCUUUGAAGGAACUCCCGGAUCCGGCAAGCCGGGCGCCUCGCGGCAGCUGUCCGGGCGGUGCCGGCGAGGAUGGCUCCGGGGUGCAGCCGCCUCCCGCCGUCUACGACAGCGACUCGGGCCCCGGGCCAAAGGCCGCACCAGCGACGACGACUCUCACCGUCUCCUGCAGCAGCUCCUACUCUCGGGAAACCUCAUCAAGGAGGCAGUGCGGAGGCUUCGCUCGCGACGGCUGCAUUUAUAUGCAAAGCUUCCCCAACGCCGGCUCCCGGGACCUGUGCUCCCCCGCAGCUCUCGCGCAGCCUGUAGUGACCCUGGCGCGUCCAGGAGGAGCGCGCCGCUCAGAACUGCAGACAGAGUUCUUGUCCCCAGCAGCUAACAAGCCCAGGGUACCCACAGCGCCAGCCUCAGACUAGGCGUCGGGGGUACCCACGGGACUGCAGCCCUGCUCGAGACUAACGGAGAACUCGCGCCUUUGAAAGCAGAAAAUAUAAGCUAAUGAAGACGAGGAAUAGGAAAAUCGCGAAGGUUUCCGCGGGGAGCUGGGGACAAGCGCCCCUCUCUUUGAAAUACAGGUCUUGGCCCUAUUCAAGGCAGAUUACAUUUCGCACCCCCAGUCCUAAUAAGACACGUACUGGUGGCGCAGCGUGCAGUUCCUUGCAGCUAGCUUCUCAGGGCCCUACAGCCUGGUGGCCAUGUGACUACAGUCCACCCUACUCAGGACAGCAGAGCUCGGGAAGGACGCUGUCCAGGACCGGGGCCCGGACGCCCUUGUCGCGAGUCCAGCGGCCUCACUGGGCUCAGGCUGGAGGGCGAUCCCAGUUACUUGAUCAACCGUUUCAGGGCUGGUCCCUGAUCCAUUUUGAGGGAGGGAAACACAAAUAGACAUUGAUAAUUCCAGGGAGCACCUCAAACUGCCAGGCCUGAAAUUUUACGUUUAAAAAAGGACCUCAUGUCUUUUGAAGUGCUCUUUCUUAAUAUAAAACGCACGUACCAUGAAAGGAAACUUUGAGAGUUGAAUAGGAGUAGCCUUUUUCUCUGCCCCUUCUUUGAGGCCGGCUGCUGUUUUCAGAGCCGUCGGGGAAGGCUGUACUCCUAGCCUGGGGACAGGAGAGUAGGACCCGGACAGGAGGUGCUGGGUGGUGGAAAGGUAGAGUGAGGCGCGGAGUGACCCAUCGGUCCUCUCUAAAGCGGCUUUUAACAGCCGCCCCGCCCCUCCUCCGGGUCAAGGUCAGUUUUCUGGUCGCACAUAGAGGUGCCAGGCUCCAGCAGGGUAGAAGAGUCGCCGGGCUCUGCCUAUACUCCGAGAAGUGCUCGGUGUUUUGCAAUUGCUGGAGUCUCCUGAGGACACGCGCGCCGCCGCCACCGCGGGUGUGAAGAGGCUGGGCUGUGCCCGGAGCCUGUGCUUCCCACUGACGGCUGCCGCCCCUGGCCACGCUCUGGGCUGUCACGGACACUGUCCUGAGACGUGGCCCCAGAUCCCACCUCUGUCCCUUGGCUCUCCUCUCCUACUCAAGCGGGUGGCGCGGGCGUUCCUGGGGGCCCGGGCUGGGGGCUGGGGAGACGCCACGUGACAGGCGCUCCAGGGACAGCCUCUCACUGCAGCUUAUAAUGGGCUCUCCGGGGCUUUUUGCAAUAACAGCUGCAAUUUCCUGGAUAGGAGUUGAUUUCCUCCCUCUACCCCACCGCCAGCCAUGCCCACUCGCCUUUGUAAGUGAAGUAAACCGAGUAGAAAAUGCUACUCUCCGAAUGGAGAGGCAGCAGGCUUUGCCUUUGUGAACCGUGGUGAAGUGCUUGGAGCACGCUGCGCACUCACUCCAAGGGAGCUAAAACCUUCUAGUUCUUGCUUUAGCUUUGUAGGAGUCAAUGGCUUGUCCAUCAUCUGGAUGUGGCUAUUCACAUAUCUACACUUGGCACUGGAGUGUCUGGAAUUGUGGCUAUCCUCAUUAUAGGAUUUUAUCUUAAAUACGUUUUGAAUAAAUGUGUUGGGUUUUUGCUUGGUUUUAUCCUUCCGCUCAGUGGAAAAGAUGUACAGAACACAUUUCUCUGAUCUCCAUAAACAUGAAAACACCUGAAAUCCCUGUCAGCCUGGCUUUGAGAUGCUCAGAAGCAGAAACAUGGAGUGAAGAUCAGACGCCACUCUCCUACCCCGCCAAGUCUGUGUCAAACUCUGUGAUCCCUUCCAAUCAGAUAAAAGUUACCGUGGCAACCAAAUUACUAACUCACUCAGUGAGCACCCUACCUAUUCCACCGAUGCUAAGGAGUCACAGAAUGUCAGCCCCGGGAGAGCUCAGCCUUCGGCAGUCUAGUGCUACUACCUCAUUUAGCGAUGAGGAGCUGGAAGCCCAGAGAGCUCUCCUCUUGGAGGUCACUCCAUUUAAACACUGUGAAAGCUGGUGCAGGCAAAGGCAGCAAAAACUCUUCCAUGUGGCUCUUUCUCCUGGUUGUCCAUCCAUCGCUGAAGGGAGAGCAAGUGACCUGCCCAUAACAGCGUUUCUCAGAAGACAAAAUAGACAAGAACAUGGGCCCUACAGGCAGCCCUCCAUUAUUAGCUGUGUGAUUUGGGACAGACUCCAUAACCUCUAUAACCUCAGUUAACUCAUCUGCAAAAUGGGGGUAAGAGCCCACCUUGAAAAAGUGCAUGAAGAUUAAAUCAGAUAGUAUAUGGGAAGCAAAUAGCAAAAAAUAAAUAAUUUCUACAACAUAACAUCAUUCCUAAAAGCUAUUGCAUAAAGGCCAUUUCUUUGACUCUUUAGUAAAAAAUCCUGCCUUUUAACAACUUCGACCUGUUUUUUAAAAGGCAUAAAUUUUUGUGUUCUCUAAAGGUAAGAUCGGUUUCUCAGUCAUGCACCCCUGUUGUGUAGGUAAGUGUUAAGGGAAGUGUAGACAGAGUCCCUGGGUGGUGCACAGUUAAGCCCCCAACUAUUAGCUGCAAGGUCGGUGAUUCCAACCCACCCAGAGGUGCCUCAGAAGAUAUGCCUGGCAAUCUGUUUCCAAAAGGACACAGCCUUGAAAACCCUGCGGAGCAGUUCUCCUCUACACUCACGGGGUCUCUGUAAGUUGGAACUGACUCCAUGGCAACUGACAACACAACAAGGGCAAGGUAGUUGUUGUUCUACCACCACUAUUUGCUGUCCAGUCGAUUCUGACUCACAGCAACCCCAUGUGUGUCAGAGUAGGACAGGGCUCCAUAAGGUUUUCGGUGGCUGAUUUUUCAGAAGUGGAUCUCCAGCCCUUUCUUCUGUAGCGACUCUGGGUGGACUCGAACCUCCAAACUGUCAGUUAGCAGCUGAGCACAUUAACUGAGCACCCAGGGACCCCUUAAUCAUUCUUCUUGUUGUUAAGUGCCCUCGAGUUGGUCCCAACUCAUAGCAACCCUAUGAACAACAGAAGGAAACACUGCCCACUCCUGCGCCAUCCUCAGGAUUGUUAUUAUGCUUGAGCCCGUUGUUGUAGCCACCAUGUCAAUCCAUCUUAUCGAGGGUCUUCCUCUUUUUCGCUGACCCUUCACUUUACCAAACAUGAUCUCCUUCUCCAGGGAUUGGUCCCUUCUGAUAACAUGUCCAAAGUAUGUGCGAAAAGUCUGACCAUCCUCGCUUCCAAGGAGCAUUCUGGCUGUACUUCCAAGACGUAUUUGUUCCUUCUUUUGGCAGUCCAUGGUAUAUUCAAUCUUCUUCGCCAGCGCCACAAUUCAAAGGCGUCAAUUCUUCAGUCUUCCUUAUUCAUCGUCCAGCUUUCGCAUGCAUAUGAGGUGAUUGAAAACACCAUGGCUUGGGUCAGGCUCACCUUAGUCCUUAAAAUGGCAUCUUUGCUUUUUAACAUUUUAAAGAAGUCUUUUGCAGUAGAUUUGUCCACUGCCAGUCGUUUGAUUUCUUGACUGCUGCUUCUGUGGGUGUUAAUUGUGGAUCCAAGUAAAAUGAAAUAAUUGAUGACUUCAGUAUUUCCUCCGUUUAUCAUGAUGUUGCUUAUUGGUCCAGUUGUGAGGAUUUUUGUUUUCUUUAUAUUGAGGCGUAAUCCAUACUGAAGUCUGUAGUCUUUGAUCUUCAUCAGUAAGUGCUUCAAGUUCUCUUCACUUUGAGCAAACAAGAUUGUGUUAUCUGCAUAACACAGGUUGUUAAUGAGCCUUCCUCCAAUCCUGAGGCCCCGUGCUUCUUCAUAUAGUCCAGCUUCUCAGAUUACUUGCUCAGCAUACAGAUUGAAUAAAUAUGAUGAAAGGAUACAACCCAGACACACACCUUUCCUAACUUUAAACCACGCAGUAUUCCCUGGUUCUGUUUCAAGAACUACUUCUGGAUCCAAGUACAGGUUCCUCAUGAGCACAAUUAAGUGGUCCGGAGUUCCCAUUCUUCACGAUGUUAACCAUAAUUUGUUAUGAUCCACACAAUUGAAUGCAGUUGUAUAGUCAAUAAAAUAUAGGUAAACAUUUUUCUGGUAUUCUCUGCUUUCAGCCAGGAUCCAUCUGACAUCAGCAAUGAUAUCUCUCGUUCCACAUCCUCUUCCGAAUUCGGCUUGGAUUUCUGGCAGUUACCUGUUGAUGUACUGUGCAACCACUUUUGAAUGAUCUUUAGCAAAACUUUACCUGUGCGUGAUAUUAAUAGCGUUGUUCGAUAAUUUCCGCAUUCGGUUGGAUCACCUUUCUUUGGAAUAGGCAUAAAUAUGGAUCUCUUCCAGUUGGUUGGCCAAGUACCUGUCUUCCAAAUUUCUUGGCAUAGAUGAGUGAGCACUUUCAGCUCUGCAUCCAUUGGUUGGAACAUCUCAGUUGAUAUUCUGUAAAUUCCUGGCGCCUUGGUUUUUUGCCAACAUCUUCAGUGCAGUUGGACUUCGUCCUUCAGUACAAUUGGUUCCUGAUCGCAUGCUACCUCCUGAAAUUAAAAACCCCAGUCAACGCCCGCCCCUUUCUUUGUCUUGCUAAUCAUGAUCUUGUUUCCAGCACAUUUUUCAGGAAGUUGCAGCAGGUGGUGGCUCCAUCCAUUGAACUGGCCCAAGCUACACCUUGAACCACGCACAGAUUGAAGGGAUCACGUCCUUCAAACGACGCAGGACCCGAUUGUCGCCGGAAAGAAUGAUAUUUUCCAGCCCAUGAUGUCACUCAAUUCCAUAUUAUAAGUGAGAGGUCCCACUACAUGCACAUCCGACGGAAGAUGAUUUAAUAUACGGACCUCCAAAUAUGGGCAUGGGAGGGCUAAGGGCAGAAACUUCGGGGUACCAAACCAAAUCCCUGAAGCCACUGGAAACAAAAAGCUCCCCAGCCCCCUCAGAUGGGGAGCACCUGGCCUUAUGGUUGCUAGAUCCCACGUAGCUCCUUGUAUGUGCAGACAAUAAACUUGCCACUUUCUGUUUCCCUUACAGUUAGUGUCCAUCUUAUUUCAAUCGGCCAAUAGGACAGGACAAGAACCCAAGUGGCAUUUGGUUACAAAAUGAUUGAACAUACAUCAAUUCUUUUUGGUAGAGAGACUCUGUGUAUUCCUUCCAUCUUGUUUUGAUACUUCCUGCAUCAUUCAGUAUUUUGCCCAUAGGAUCCUUCAAUAUUGCAAGUCAAGAUUUCAUUUUUUCUUCACUUCUUUCGGUUUGACAAACGCUGAGCUUGUUCUUCUUCCCUUUUGGUUUUCUAACUCUAGGUCUUUGCAUAUGUCAUUAUAAUGUUUUACUUUGUCUUCUCAAGCCACCCAUUGAAAUCUGUUCAGCUCUUUUACUUCAUCAUUCCUUCUGUUCACUUUAGCUACUUGAU